GGGAGACAUGGGGGGGUAGGGGAGCGGUUACGGUUUGGGCUGCUGCGAGCCAGGCCCCUCUAACCCGUUCUCCUCCAGAGCCUGCAGUCAGGGCGUGUCCCUCCCUGCAGUGCAACGGGCAGCGUGGAUAGAGCAGGACCCAUGCCCUGUCUGUGCCCAGGCCAGCGUGCUGGGUAGCUGGCCCCACCCCAGUGCCGGGCAGGCAGGGAGCACCCAGUGGGCAGGAGAGAUCCCUGCAGUGUUCCUCCCCGGCAAGUCCCCGGUGCAGGGCACGAUGGCUCUGAGCAGCGCUUUCAAGGCAGUUAACAACAUGCCCGGCGUCAUCGUCUGGAGGGUCGAGAAAAUGGACCUGGUGCAGGUGCCUCCAAAAUCCCAUGGCAGUUUCUAUGAAGGCGAUUGCUACGUCCUCCUCUCGACCCGGCGCUUGGGCGGCGUCCUGGCCUACGACAUCCAUUACUGGGUCGGGAAGAGCUCCUCGCGGGAUGAGCAGGGCUGCGCUGCCAUCUACACCACCCAGCUGGACGACUACCUGGGCGGGAGCCCCGUGCAGCACCGGGAGGUGCAGGGCCACGAGUCGGACCUCUUCAAAGGCUACUUCAAGCAGGGCAUCAUCUACAAGAAGGGCGGCGUGGCCUCUGGGAUGACACACGUGGAGACCAACGUCUACGACGUCCGGCGCCUGCUGCACGUCAAGGGGAGACGGAACGUCACGGCCACCGAGGUGGAGAUGAGCUGGGACAGUUUUAACCUGGGGGAUGUGUUCCUGCUGGACCUGGGGAAGGUCAUUAUUCAGUGGAACGGCCCCGAGAGCAACACCAGGGAGCGGCUGAAGGCCAUGCUCCUGGCCAAAGACAUCCGCGACCGGGAGCGCGGGGGGCGGGCGGAGAUCAGGGUGGUGGACGGCGACCGGGAAGGAGCCAGCCUGGAGCUGACAACGGUGCUGCAGAGCGUGCUCGGGGACAGGCCGCGGAAGCUCAAACCCAGCACCCCGGACGAGGUGGUGGCCCAGCAGCAGAAGGCCACCGUCCUGCUCUACCGCGUCUCGGACUCUGGAGGGAAAAUGCAGGUGCUGGAAGAGGCUGUGAGGCCGCUGGUGCAGGAGCUGUUGAACCAUGAUGACUGCUACAUCCUGGAUCACGCCGGGACCAAGAUCUACGUCUGGAAGGGGAAGGGGGCUACCAAGGCAGAGAGGCAAACCGCCAUGGCCAAAGCUCUGGAGUUCAUCAACAUGAAGGGCUACCCCUGCGGCACCAACGUGGAGACGGUGAACGACGGCGCCGAAUCCGCCAUGUUCAAGCAGCUGUUUCAGACGUGGACCAUCCGGGACCAGACGGUGGGGCUGGGCAAAGCCUACAGCGCUGGCAAAAUCGCCAAAGUCAGCCAGGAGAAGUUUGACGCCACACUGCUGCACGCCCGGCCCGAGCUGGCAGCCCAGGAGCGGAUGGUGGAUAACGGGGAAGGGAAGGUGGAGGUCUGGAGGAUCGAGAAUCUGGAGCUGGCCCCGGUGGAAUCCCAGUGGCACGGCUUCUUCUACGGCGGAGACUGUUACCUGGUGCUUUACACCUAUGGCGUGAACCACCAGUCCCGCUACAUCCUGUACAUCUGGCAGGGUCGGCACGCCACGCCGGACGAGCUGGCCGCCUCCGCGUACCAGGCGGUGGAAGUGGACCGGCAGUUGGACGGGGAGCCGGUGCAGGUGCGCGUGAGCAUGGGAAAGGAGCCGCGCCACUUUCUGGCCAUCUUCAAAGGGAAGCUGGUCAUCUUCGAGGGUGGGACAUCCAGGAAAAGCAGCAACGAACCGGAACCGCCCGUGAGGCUCUUCCAGAUCCACGGAACCGACCAGUCCAACACCAAAGCCGUGGAAGUCCCGGCAUUCGCCUCGUCGCUCAACUCCAAUGACGUCUUCCUGCUCCGGACCCAGACCGAGCACUACCUGUGGUACGGCAAGGGCUCCAGCGGGGACGAGCGGGAAAUGGCGAAGCAGCUGGCUGCAACCAUCUGUGACAGCACCCAGGAAACCGUGGCCGAGGGGCAGGAGCCAGCAGCGUUCUGGGAAGUGCUGGGAGGCAAAGCCCCUUACGCCAGCGACAAAAGGCUCCAGCAGGAGGUCCCAGAUCACCCGCCCCGGCUCUUUGAAUGCUCCAAGAAGACCGGACGCUUCGUGGUGACGGAAGUGACCGACUUCAGCCAGGAUGACCUGAGCGAAAGCGACGUCAUGCUGCUCGACACGUGGGACCAGGUCUUCUUGUGGCUCGGGACGGACGCUAACGCCACGGAGAAGGAGGCAGCGCUGGCCACUGCUCAGGAAUAUCUCCGCACCCACCCCAGUGGGAGGGACACUGACACGCCUAUCUUGGUGGUCAAGCAGGGCUUUGAGCCCCCCAACUUCACUGGGUGGUUCGUAGCCUGGGACACACACAAAUGGAGCGAAGGGAAGACUUACGAGCAGCUGAAGGAGGAGCUGGGAGAUGCUUGUGCCGUUGUCAGGAUCACAGCCGUGAGUUGUGUUUGUGGUGUAGGGGGGAGGGAGGCGGCCGGAACUGGGAGGGAUUCAGCUCAGGUGGCCAAAGAUAGGGAUGACUUCCAGGAAGCCCACAUCACCCCCUGCUGCAGAACAUGGGGUGGGACAUGUCCCACCUGCCAGGUUAGCGGGUGUCUAGUCCUCCGGGGAGUCACACAGAGAAUCUGCACGCUGCUCCUCCCCUACCUGGUCCCUCCUUGCCCCACUGUGCCCAUACUUACAACUUAUAGCGAGGCUGUGGGCAAACUGUCCUACGUGCCCUGACCACAUCCACUGGGUCUUUCCUGCCUUUUUCAUGCAAGACUUUGGGCUGGGCAGCCACUCGCCAGGCUAAACCGCUGAGCACCUGCUGCUCCCAGUAAUCUCCUCAAAACUGCUACAAAUCAGCCCCUAAGUGCCUAGACAAACUGCUGUGCUCAGGCAGAGAGCUGAAGCGACAACCCACUACAUUUACCUUGCACCUUCCAGCUAGAGAGAGCCCAAGGCACACUGCAAAUGGCACACGUAGGAAUGUUUUCCCCUGCCAGAGAAAUGCAGCCACCUCUGGCGUAGAACACAACAGCAGUUUAACAGUGCAGAGCAAAACAAGCCCAUUUCUG